CGACGAAUCUUCCCCUAAAAUCAGUCAGUUACUCCAGCCCCAUGCAGCCGUUUCGCAUCAAGUUAUCCAACGACGGGACUGUAACAGGCUUCCAUUCGAUCCCCCCCGCAUCAGCAUCCCAUCUACGUUACCGUCCUCUGAUCGUCGGACUUCAUGGUGGAUGCUACGACAGCCAGUACUUCACGGGCAUCCCCGGUAACUCUGCCCAAUUGAGCAGCGAAGCCUUCGGGGUACCGUUCGUGGCGAUCGACCGUCCCUCGUACGGGGGCACAAGCUCGAUUCUUCCAGUCCCAGAAGGAACCGACUUCUACCGAGAGACCGGCCGCUGGCUGCACCAAUACAUUCUGCCCCAGAUCUGGGCCGACUUCGGAGUACCUAACGACUGCAACUGCAUCGUCCUGCUCAGUCACAGUCUGGGAGUCACGGGAGGUAUCAUAGCGGCGGCUCUCCACGCGCAGGAUGAUGCACCGCGGUAUCCCCUGGGCGGUCUCAUCGCCAGCGGCAUGGGCAACACGCAGCUGCCGGCAAUGAGGGCCAGCAGCCCGUCCUUCGUGACCAUCGACGCAGAUCACGUCCAGUUCCCUGGGGAGUACAAGGACGCAGUGAUGUUCCGACCCGGAACCGCGGCGGCCGAGGUUCUGGGCCUGUGUGAGCGCCUGAACGCGAUCUCGCCGCUCCCAGACCUUGUCGACUUCCCGACGAGCUGGCUGCCGGUGUGGAAAGAGACGUGGGCAUCCCAGGUUCUGGUUCCGGUCAUGUUUGCGCUGGUGGAGGACGAUCCAUUUUUCACCACAGACGCAGAAGAGCUCGACACGUGUGUGCGGGCAUUCACGCGCAGUGUGCGUGUGGAUGGGAGUCUGGUUCGAGGCGCCCCGCAUUGCAUGGAGCUCAGCUACUGGUCCCAGGGAUGGUAUGCCCGGUGUUUUGGGUUUGCUAUGGAGUGUGCUGCAAUCCUGUCGUACACCGACGCUGAGAAUCUCUUUCAGAAGUACCUACGAAGCUUGGAGGGAACCCCGCUCAUGACGCCGACCGCAGUGGCGCGAUUGGCCGCAAGCAAGAGCCUUUUGUCGCGGAUCCUGAUCGAUCCGGAUAAUGGGAUCGUGGGAGGUACUUUCACGCAGACUGUACAAGAGGCCAUCAGUAUCGUGACCGUGGUCGACUGCUUGUUUAGUGACCCGGAGAAAGUCGAGACCGGGAUCUAUGACGAAUGGCAGGAGAGUCUGCGGGCACUCAUCGAUCAUGAAAAAGCCAAACACAAUCAGCCAGCGUUGUCAGUCCUGGUGAAUGCGGCGACGGAGCAUGGCAUACGAUGGCUUCUGUGGACCGCUAAGACCGGAAAUGAGGCCAUAAUUGCGACCAUGGUUGGAUUUUAUAAUGACCGACUGGGGUUAGAGGGAGAGGAGGAUCGGGCAAGGUUUGUGAAUUUAUUCGAAAGCUGGGGCGGACGUCAAAGACGUUCACUGCUCUGGUGGGUUUUGGAGUCAGACUCUGCGAAACUCCUUAAUUUCGCCCUGGCAGUCCACGAGACAAACCCCAGGACGCGAAAUGGCAAUUUCUUCUACGCUCUGAUCUGGGCAGUAAGGAGCGGCAAGAUCAUUUAUCUUCACCAUCUGCUGGACUUGGAAGAGGUCAGCCCGAAUAUUCAGGACCAUGACGGGCGUUCACCCUUGUUAUGGGCAGCCGAUACAGGGCACGAACAUAUUGUUAAGCUUCUUGUGGACUCCGGGAAGGCAGACGUUGACUUGGCAGAUCACCAAGGUCAAACGCCGUUGUCAUGGGCAGCAGGCAGCGGACACGCACAUAUUGCUCAAGCUCUUCUGCAGAACCCGCAUAUCAAUCCGAAUUCCACCGACUCGAGUAGCUUGGGUCCCCUUAUGUGGGCUGCUGCCAACGAUCAACAAUUCAUCGUCGAAGAGCUCCUUCGGAUCAACGAUGUCGAUCUGAAUCCAACAAAUGUAUCUGAUCGCACAGCGAUCUCACAUGCCGCUGAGUAUGCAUCCAUUGAGGUUAUGAGGCUCCUUCUAUCGCGGGCUGGCCCGAAUAUCAAGGAUGAUGAAUGGUGGACGCCAUUGAUGCAAGCUGAGCGAGGGUCUGUGGCUUUGGCAGGUGAGCUACUCAUUAAGGUACGGGGAAAGUCGAUCCUUCUUGGAGCAGCUCGGAUGGUUGGACUGCAAGGAAACGCGCCCAGCUUCAUGGCCACGAUGCAGUGGUUCAACUGCUGGAUGAGCACCUUGCUUCAAUCUAGAUGAUAGACGUCCGAGGCCAUCAUAAAAAAGAAAGGCGAAGACGAUCGGGACUGGAUGGGUAGAUUUCGUUGCUUGAUGAAACAUGCCAAUAAAGCACAGGAAUCCGCUGCGGGUUUUUGAGUAGCUGUAUAGUCAUCUUUUUGAAGACGCUGCACAUCUUUCUAGCACGAUCACUUUUUGGGAGGAAUUGAGCUUCCAAGGAAGUAUCUUGUAAAGCAGAACCAAUAAUAGCCUCGCAGCACUACCUCAAUCCGAGCGAAGGGACAGACCUCACCGCUGCCACUUAC